AUGACCUCCACGAAUCAGCAGAACCAGGCCUCACAGGAUCAAGCGGGCAGUCAAGAUAUUCUGACUGAGGCUAACAGAGUCUCGCGGAGGACGCCUAUGGCUUGCCAAUUCUGCAGAGGACGCAAGUUGAAAUGUGAUGGCCGUCAAACUUGCGCUAAUUGUGCUCGCCGCGGAAUCCCGUGCGUCUAUGUACCUAUAUCGGCCUCGUCCUCAUCGCCGUCGUGA